CCACCCCUCUCGACAAGAUGAAAUAUGUGUACCCCACCCCACUCGACGGGGUGAAAUACAUGUUACGUCACUUGCCCGCCCACGCACAUCAGCAUGGCACGCAGCAUGACAUUGCUCACUGGUGAUACGUCAUUGCCCGCCCAUUGCCCGCCCUUCUGCCUCGCGCCAGGUGUAAAAAGGGCGCGCCCUCUUAUCCUCCCUUUCUUUCCUACCCCCAUGUACCCUUUCCGUCCCGAGCAGUUCGGCGAGGCACAUAUCACCAGGCAGGCGCUCAGGAACGAUGGCGCUGCGUCCGGUGCUGCACCACGGCAAGCUCCCAGCAUUCCCAAAGAGGUCGUCGCCCGCAGAGAACAACCUAGGUACCUCGACUACCGCGCCAGGAUGAUGACCUUGGACAAGGACACCGACGGCGGUCUCGCUGGCCUUCUCGAAAAAGUCAAGGAAUGGGCAGAUCAGGCACCGGGCACGGAAUCCCCGCAUCUCAGGGACAGGCGAGAACGUGUUAUGGAAAAGUACGAACUUUCCGUUCUCGCUGUAUGCCCAACUAUGAGCGUCAACGACUUGUGGCUCGACACCACCAUUCACAAAUAUACAACCAUGUUCCUUCAUCUCGUCGUCCAAUGUACCCGCGGACGCAAGAGUGAACGAAUCAAAGCUACCACACUUCUGCAUACCGGCCGCAUGUUCGCUUAUUGCAUAGCAAAGUACUGUCGAAACAAGGACGGCGAGGCUACCGGUAUGAAAGAGCUUUGCCAAGGUGGCCUCUUUCGACUCAUUGAAAAUUACGAUGCAUUCCUCAUCGAAAAGUACGACCUACCUAGGUUCAGCACAGAAAGACCCCGCUUUGGAAAAUUGGAAAUCCUUUUGCUCAUCCGCGAAGCCCUCAAAAAUACCGAAACAUAUGGCCCUUGCCGCGUCGUUGCUAUCCAGCGUAUCAUAAUCUGUCUCAUCUCUUUCUUCACCGGCGUGCGACCAUCAACACUCGGCCCUUCACACAAGCUCUAUAAAACUCAGGGAAAGUAUAUGCGCCUGGAAGACGUUCGCAUCUUCACUACGGGAAAGCCCCUUCAGUUUAGAGUCAUUCUUCGCACAAAUGCCUACAAGGGUCACAACGGCACCGUCGGUCAGGAACGCCGCAUCGUUCUAAACCCAGUGCAAAACUGGUACAAUCUCGCGUUUGACGUUUCAUUUUAUAUCGUCAUGCAUCUCUAUUCUCGACAUGCACUCAAAGGUGUCAAGGACUUUGAUACCCUCCGUCAUUUCAAAGGCAGCGAAAUUCCAAUAGAGGACACCAUGAAGCGUCGUCCGUUUUUGCUCGCUAUGGAUCCAGGGGGAAGGAACUUGAUAGAGGACGAACCUAUAAUGGCUACAGCCGUCUCCUCCAGUUACCGGACACUCUGCCGCAACGCAUGUCUGCCUUCUUGCGGGACUUAUUCUACCCGUCGUGGGGUUGCUGAUUAUUACAACACGGCAAUGGGAAAGUCUGCCGCAGAAAUUGUGCUGGGGCAUUUCCAAUCUGGUUGCCUCAGCAGCUAUGUUCGAGGCAUUGAAGGCAUAGACAUGGUGGGACAUGCUUUAGAAGAACUUCCUGAAGCCCUUUCACCGAAUGUCAAGCACGCACUUGAACUACACUCGAUCCAUUCUGUCGCCGUUACUGCAAUAGUCGUCCUCUUCCAAUCCGAACAACACAGUCCCCUUCAGAAUGAAAGCGAACCCGAACCCAAAUCAAAAACCGGCAAUGAAAUCACCAACCAGAUUACGCUUACCGAAGCUCAGAUGCUCGAGAUAGAGACCUCUCCCGAGAUGUGCGAGCUUGCAGACGCAGCAGCCAAAGCCCUCGACGCGUUCAAAUCCUUGUACGAAAACACCAAAUCACAACACUCGGCAGGCGCAAAAUACGACACUAUUGGACAAUUGCACAACUUUAUCAAAGCCUCGGAUCUUCGACAGGGCGUGGACAAGGAAACAGUAGACAAGCUGCUGAAAGAAGCAAAAGAUACCGCAGGGGCCCUUCGCAAAAAGAGGCAACAGCUACGGAAGAACACCCUCAGCGCUGUCAGACGAUCAAGGGAAGAAAAUAUCGCAACCGUUGAACCCGGUACAUUCGACGAACGAGCCAAGGCUCUCCAAAUGCUACGAAGCCAAGAUAUUCUCGCUCUUGGCCCUUCUGCUACAGCCUCAGAUAUACGAUCCAGAAUCCUUCAGCUCCGUGACGAACAGCUCAAAGAAAUGAAAACUUUACCCGAAAAAGAGCGCCUUGCACGUCUGGCCUCGCAGGAGGAGGAGGAGGAAGGUGACGAGGGCGACGAAGAAGUACAAAAGGACCCACGUCUCAAAAACAUUCUCUCGGUGAUCCAUGCAAAAUCCACCGCUGCUGCCAAACGUAACGCCGCUCCUUCCGAUGAUGAUGAUGACAACGAACAAACAGUAUCUUCGACCAUCGACGAUGUCCCGUUUGAAGAAUGUGAUCCUUCUCAACCGUCGCGUAAACGUCACUCAAAGUCCUCGCAACCACCACUUCGACUAGUCGUCAGGGAUCUCUCCUACCAGGAGCACGAUGAGACCGUGCCUGAUGAUAUCAUUCCUUGCGAUGAUGAACAAGUUCGCGUCGCCCUCUGGAACAUGCUCAUGGCACCCGUCGUGGUUUCUCAGGAGAUAGACAAGAUGGCCGCUACAAGGAACAAAAAAGUCAAGGGGAAACCCAAGGAAAAAGAUACAUACAUAUGCGAGCAGUGCCUUUUAUUCAAACAUGAUUCUGUACGCUCCGAACGACUCUGGAGAAGGGACCAUCUUCAGCGCCAUUUAAUGGGACAAUCUCGAGCUGGAGAUGAUCUCCGGCAGAGGUUACACCACUUUUAAAUGUCCAUCCAAGGCUUGCCAUUUCAAGUCCUCAUCAAUUCGCAAUGUUCGCAAGCAUUGCGUCAGCGAAAAUUGUCCCGACGGCGCAAGAUACAAUGACAUGAAAGUCCAACAUUCUAUUCGCGAAAAGUUCAUGUCAAACGACAACAUCCAGAAACCCCACCUCAAAUUGAAAUGCGUUCUGCUGAUUAAACCUU